GGAGUGCGGACCCGGCUCUGCGGGCGCUGCUGGCCGGCUAGCUUGCACUCGGUCGCGCAGCGGAGCAGGCAUGGGAGCCGCGCGUGAUCUCCGGGCGCCCACACCUGUCUGAGCAACGAACGGCCGCGGCCCGGACGGGCUGCUCCACGCGGAAGCGCUCAGCAUGGCCGGGAUCCCAGGGCUCUUCGUCCUCCCCUUACUCUGUGUAUUCAGGCAAGUGAGUCCCUACAGUGUUCCAUGGAAACCUACUUGGCCUGCUUACCGUCUCCCUGUAGUCUUGCCGCAGUCUACCCUCAACUUAGCAAAGCCAGACUUCGAUGCCAAAGCCAAAUUGGAGGUGUCCUCCUCAUGUGGACCCCAGUGUCACAAGGGAACACCGCUGCCCACCUAUGAAGAGGCCAAGCAGUACCUUUCCUAUGAAACCCUUUAUGCCAACGGCAGCCGCACAGAGACUCGGGUUGGCAUCUACAUCCUCAGCAGUGGUGAAGGCAGGGCACAAGGCAGAGACUCGGAGGCCACGGGAAAAUCUCGAAGGAAGAGGCAGAUUUAUGGCUAUGAUGGCAGGUUUAGCAUUUUUGGGAAAGACUUCCUCCUCAACUACCCUUUUUCAACAUCAGUGAAGUUGUCUACGGGCUGCACAGGCACCCUGGUGGCGGAGAAGCAUGUCCUCACUGCUGCCCACUGUAUACACGAUGGGAAAACCUAUGUAAAAGGGACACAGAAACUCCGAGUGGGCUUCCUAAAGCCCAAAUACAAAGAUGGUGGUGGAGGGGACAACAGCUCGAGCUCAGCCAUGCCAGACAAGAUGAAAUUUCAGUGGAUCCGGGUGAAACGCACCCAUGUGCCCAAGGGGUGGAUCAAGGGCAACGCCAAUGACAUCGGCAUGGAUUAUGACUACGCCCUUCUGGAACUCAAGAAACCCCACAAAAGAAAGUUCAUGAAGAUUGGGGUCAGCCCUCCAGCCAAGCAGCUCCCAGGGGGAAGGAUCCACUUCUCCGGUUAUGACAACGACCGGCCAGGCAACUUGGUGUACCGCUUCUGUGAUGUCAAAGAUGAGACCUAUGACCUUCUCUAUCAGCAGUGUGAUGCCCAGCCUGGGGCCAGUGGUUCAGGGGUCUACGUGAGGAUGUGGAAGAGGCCACAGCAGAAAUGGGAGAGGAAAAUUAUUGGCAUCUUUUCAGGACACCAGUGGGUGGACAUGAAUGGCUCCCCACAGGACUUCAAUGUGGCAGUUCGAAUCACUCCUCUUAAGUAUGCCCAGAUUUGCUAUUGGAUUAAAGGAAACUACCUGGACUGCAGGGAGGGGUGACACGCUUCUUCCAGGCAGCACUUGAUGGCCCUUUUGCACUCAUUGUGGGAGAGGCCAGCUUUUUAUCUUUGACUCUUGUGGGUGUGUGUCACAUAGUAUCUUUUACCUAAUAUUAUUCAAAUGACAAAUUUAUUGGCUUUAUUAUUUGAAAACUGUUGUGUGCGUUAUAGCAUUUAAGCAGUCUGAGAGCAUACUUUUGCAUAGAGAUUUUAAAAAUAUUGAUGUUUGGGGUUAUAGGGUCUAUUUGGCAAUUAAGUUAAACUUUCGGUUUUCUGAAAACUCUCAUUUUUUUUGUCUUACCCAAACUUGCUUCAAAGGUUUAUAUCAAAUAUGUGGCAUAUGGGGAAUAGGAAUCCUUGUGUUUGUAUAUGUAUGUGUUUCCUUUUGAGAGUCAUAUAUGGAUAUUUUUAUAAUGUGUGGUUAUAAUGCUUCUGGAUGGUGAGAUCAAAGCACUUCAAUGGGCAGUUAUAAUGUUUUAGAUUCAGACAUUUAUUUAGUAGUCCUUGAAGAGAAAGAAUAAUUUAUUGGCUAAAUUGACACACAUAUAAAAACUGUAUUUUACAGUACACAGAAUUCCCAUGCUGCUUUUAGUUUUGAAAAUAAAACUUUUUCUUCCAAAACC